GCGCAGUCAGUCGAAAACGUGUCGCGGCUCUCGAACGUAAUUCAGAAAGUAUAUUGCGCAUUGAUCUGCUUGAAAUUGUUAGGGGUGAUUCGGAUUUAUUCUGAUUUCUCAGCGAUUGUGUGUUUAUUUUUGUUUGGCGCAGUUGAACUGUGUGAAUGCGUGCGGUUUUUUCCCAUUCCGGCCGUUGCUAUGAAUGCGGAUUUAGUGCUACUGCUCAGUCUGGCACUGAUUUCCCUCAUACCGGUGGGUCUUUCGGCCACCUGCGAGAGCAACGAGAUCUGCAUUAGCAAAAAACGGUGCGAUGAGACGGAUGACUCUGGCAGGGGAAUACUGGUCAAGCGUGUACUCGAAAAAAGCUGCGGCCGCGGACUAGUUUGCUGCGAUAAGGUGCAGGUGGAGAACUUCGACGCCUAUGAGGCCGAAAUCGAGUACCGGAACCAGCGCCGGGGAAAUCCCUGGGGUUCUUCGGAAAGUCCUUUGGAAGAGGAACCAACGGUGGCCAAGGAGGGCGAGGGUUACAAAAGUUGUGGCGUGAAGCGGGAGUGUGUGCCCCGCCACCUCUGCACCACCGGAGUGGUCAACGAGGACGGUCGGUACAUCAUCAAGCCUCGGAUAAAUGACGACAGCAACUUCGGCUGCCGAUCCGUGGAGCAGUGCUGUCCGCUAGACGAUCGGAUCGAGGAGGGUCACAAUCCCAUGCAGCGCAACGUGAAGGACUUCCAGCCCAAGGGCUGCGGCUACAGCAAUACCAACGGGCUGUUCUACAAGCUGGAUGGGUAUAGCGGUGGGGAGUCGGUCUUCGCCGAGUUCCCCUGGAUGGUGGUCCUCAUGGACUUGGCGGGCAAGUACAUCUGCGGCGGCACCCUGAUCCACCCGCAGCUGGUGCUGACCAGUGCCCACAACGUGGCCAACUACAGUGAAGACACGAUGGUGGUUCGGGCUGGCGAGUGGGAUCUCAACAGCCAGACGGAGGUGCUUCCCCAUCAGAUGCGCCCGAUAAGCGAGCUGCAUCGCCACGAAGGUUUCAACAAUCUGACCUUUUACAACGACAUUGCGUUGGUGGUGCUGGACCAACCGCUACAGUUGGCGCCGCACAUCCAGCCCAUCUGCCUGCCGCCGACGGAGAUGCCGCAGCUGGAGGAGGACCUGCAGAAUGCCCACUGCCUGGCCACUGGAUGGGGGCACAAGACCUUCACGUCCCUCAAAAUGGAACACCUGCUAAAGCGAAUCGAGCUUCCGAUAGUGGACCACGAAUCCUGCCAGCGGCUGUUGCGCAGAACGAUCCUCGGGCGUCACUAUAACCUCCAUGCGAGCUUCAUUUGUGCCGGCGGGGAGAAGGGCAAGGACACCUGCAACUACGACGGAGGCUCUCCACUGUUUUGCACAAUGCCCGGACAAAAGGAUCGCUAUCAGCUGGUGGGCAUCGUGUCCUGGGGCAUCGAGUGUGGCGAGAAGGAUGUGCCCGCGGCCUACACGAAUGUGGCUUACCUGAGAAAAUGGAUCGAUCGGCAGGUGGUGAAGAGUGGGUUCCCAUUGAUUGAGAUCCCUUAGGUUAGGUAGCGACUAGCUUUAAAAUAAAUCUCAAAUAAAAUUAAUGUAGAACUUCGCAAUGAUA